CGGGAUCAGGGAGGGGCCUUGAGCGCCGCCAUGUCUUUGUAUGGUGGCUGCGCAAAGCAUGCUGGGUCCGAUCGGCUUGGUUUUGAAGGAGGACGGCGGGAACUCGAGGACGGCGGGAACUCUAGUCCCAGGGCUGGGUGAGCCAGAGGAGAGAAGCAAGGAAAUCUUGGUCCCUGUUAGCAGUGCCUGACAGCUUCCUAGGAAGGCUCUUGGAAAUCUGAGUCAAUGGAACAGGCGAAACCUUUAAGUCAAGAGGGCGAGUCCAAAGGAGGUGUUCUAGCUCACUUGGAAAGACUAGAGACUAGAUCUCGUAAAAAAUUUGAAGAGCCACAGGAAGCACAGGCAGUGGAAAGCACUCUUGGAAGCAAGAUUCAUAAACUGAGAAAUCUGCGAGAUAAAUUGAGGGCUGAAGUGAAACGACGUCAAGCCAGAGUUGAAGCCAAUGUAGAACCUGACCAAACGUUUGAGGUCAGUGAGCAAGAAGUUUUGGAAAGAAAGCGGGAAAAUGUGAGAGCCAUUCUGCAAGCAUAUCGUUUUACAGGGCUCAGUGGAAAACUGACCAGUCGAGGAGUCUGUGUUUGCAUCAACACUGCUUUUGAGGGGAACCUGCUAGAUUCCUAUUUCAUGGACAUUGUCAUACAGAAACCACUUCGGAUACAUCGCCAUUCGAUUCCAGUCUUCAUUCCCCUAGAGGAGAUAUCUGCAAAAUACUUACAGACUAAUAUUCAGCACUUCCUGUUCAGUCUCUGCGAAUACCUAAAUGCUUACUCUGGGAGGAAGUACCAGGCAGAUCGACUUCAGAGUGACUUUGCAGCCUUGCUGGUUGGACCCUUGCAGAGAAACUCACUGUGCAACCUGCUAUCAUUUACUUACAAAGCAGAGCUGAGUGGCCAGUCCUUCCCAUUUUGUGCUAGACUGAUGUAUAAGGAUAUCACAAGAACCCUUCCAACUGAUGUUACUGUUGCUUAUGAAGGGACUGACUCACUGUCUGCCUCAUGGGAAGAACAGCGGGCCACCCAUGAAAACCUGUUCCGCACAGAGUCCCUACAUCACGUGUUUGCUGCAUUUGCAAGAAGAGAAGAGAAGUUGGACAUGAGCCUCGUCCACUAGGAUAUUAUUUUCAUUAAAGAACACAUCAAAAAUAAAAGGAAAUAUUGCACUUUCUGCUCUCAUGACUAAGGUGACAGGGGUUCCAGAAGAACCUUUCAAGAUUAUCAGGACGAGGGCCCUUUCCCCUAACUCAGACCAUGUGGAGAUGGGGAGGUCUCCAGCUGUGUGCUCUCCAUAAUAAAAAAAAAAAAA